CACUCAUGUCAACCUCAAUGGAUUAUUUUUUACUUAUUUUGUCAAGUAUUAAAAUAAUUUAGUGUGAGACAGUUUCCAAAAAGAUAGUCUCUAUUAUAUACAUGUCAUAUAAUAACGCGCUCUUUUCUCUUUAAUUCAUUUGAUGCUAAGUAGUUGAGGUAAUUUGGAAGGGAUAAAAACAAACAUUUAAUUAAAUGAAUGAAAAAACUUAGGCAGUUACGCCAUCUUAGGUCAUGCAAAUCGUACUCCCAUCAUUACAGCAUUACUUAUCUUUCUUUAAAUUAUUAAUUAUUAAUUAAAUAAUAUAAUAGUUACAUUUCAUCCCAAUUUAAUUACAACAAAAUUAAGUCCUACAAUUCCCUCUAAUUAACCUCCUUUAAUUUCAACUUAUAAAUAUAUGCUGCUUCCUAGUUUCACGCCUGUACUACACUUCACCUACCAAGUUAACAGAAAACACCCUAACUAGCUUCAUUGCUAAUCCUUACCUGUAUAAAUACUCUCUUCUAAAAAUGAUGAAUUUCUUUCAUUUCUUUUAAUUCUUGGGAGAUGAAGGAUGAAGGAUGAUGUGGGAAAAUGUCAGAAAACUCGAGUCAAGCUUAGUAAGCUUAUUGCAUGGAUCUUUGCAUCCAUAUAAUUUGUUGGUUUAAUUUGUUGAACAAGAUAAGUCAUCACCUAAGGAGAAAAGGAGUGUACUAGUUUCUUUUUUCAGAGAACAUGUGCAGUAUGUCAAGCAGCCCUAUGGAGAGUCUAAGGCAACUGGUGAACUCCAAAACUUGGGACUACUGUGUCCUCUGGAAAUUGAGUGAAGAUCAAAGGUUCCUAGAGUGUAUGGACUGUUGUUGUGGUGGAAGUGAGAGCAGCAUGGAAAAUGGUAAUACUGUCGGUGAGGAGUUUCUGUUUCCUUGCAGAGAUAUGAUGUUUCAGCACCCAAGAACUACGAGUUGUCAAUUACUUGCUCAAUUGCCUUCAUCUCAUCCCUUGGAUGGGAUUAAUAUGGAGAUUCUUAUAUCGAAUCAGCCCAAAUGGCUAAACUUCUCUAAUGUCUCUGAUUUAAACAUAAACCAAGUAACUAUUGGUACAAAACUUCUAAUCCCAAUUCCUGGAGGACUGGCUGAACUAUUUGCUGCUAAACAAAUAAAUGAAGAUCAGAAUGUGAUAGACUAUGUUAUGACUCAAUGCACUACCUUGAUGGACCAAAACAGCACAAGCAACGCGGGAUCCAGCUUCGCAAUGAACAUUAACAUGAUCAACGAGCUCCAAUCGAAUCCCACAUUAAGUGAUCAAAACAAUGCUAAUCAGAUUAGAGAUGAGUGUAUCAACAUCAACAAUGAAUCAUCUCAGUCUUCAAUGAAUUUCUUACAACAAUUUAACUACGUUUCUGAGACGAACAAGAUGUCUAGGAAUAAUGAUUAUAUCGAGGGAGGAAAUGACUCAUUUCAAGCUGAGAAUGGGUUUGAAGAUAUAAUAAACAAUGCUGCUAACAGUAUGCAUAAUUUACAUGUUUUGGACCAUUCAGCAAAUGAUGAUCAUCAUCAUCAACAACAACAACAACAACAACAGCAGCAGCAGGUAGAUGACAAGGGACCAAUGCCGCCAAAGCAUGAGAUGAGCCGAGCUGACUCUAUCUCAGAUAGUGAUCCUCUUGAUGAUGAUGAUGAUCCAAAGUAUCAUCGAAGAAAGCCUACAAAAGGCCCCCAAUCUAAGAACCUCAUGGCUGAAAGGAAGCGAAGGAAGAAGCUUAAUGAGAGGCUUUACCAUCUUCGCUCUUUAGUCCCUAACAUUUCUAAGUUGGACAGAGCUUCUAUACUUGGGGAUGCAAUCAAGUAUGUGCAAGAGUUGCAGAAGGAAGAAAAAGACCUCCAAUACGAGCUUGCUAGGAAUUCUGACGAUGAAGAGCACAACAACGACUUGAAUAUUGAUUAUCACCAACAUCACCAAAUGAAUAUCUCACCAGAAAUUCAGAAUGCACAGGGGACAAGGUUCGGGCCAGAGUUUGAUCACGAAAAGACUAGAAACGGGUUUCAGUUGGGAGGAGGAACACCUGAGAGCCUUAAAAGAAGCCAUGAUAUCGAAAGUGCUAAUGACAAAGCACAACAAAUGGAGGUUCAAGUUGAGGUUGCUCAGCUAGAGGGAAAUGAUUUCUUUGUGAAGGUGUUUGGGGAGCAGAAGAGAGGUGGGUUUGUGAGACUAAUGGAGGCUUUAAACUGUCUUGGGUUGGAGAUAAUCAAUGUGAAUAUGACCAGUUGCAUCAGCCUUGUUUCCUAUGUUUUCAUCGUAAAGAUGAGGGACAGUGAAAAUGUACAAGCAGAAUACUUAAGGGACUCGUUGCUAGAGGCAACACGUAAUCAAGCAGGAUUUUGGUCUGAGAUGGCAAAAGCAUCAUCAGAAAAUGGAAGUGGAGUCGAUCAUCGACAGCAGAAUCAGAAUCAGAAUCAGAAUCAGAAUCAGAACCACCAUUACGGGCUGCAGCAACACAUUCACAACCAUCAUAUAGGUCCUUUCCACAACCACUUUCACCACAUCAGCAACUAAAAUAAAAGAGUGCUUUUCUCAUAAGCAAAAUUAAUAAAUACUCAAGCAGCUUAUUUCCCUUCCUUUAAUGAACUUCUCCUGGUAUACUAUCAACUAUCAAGUCCUGAUUUUAGUUUUUCCCUUUUUUUUUUUUUUUUUUUUUUACUGUUGAAUAAAUUAAAGAUGUAAAACAACAGCUAGGGCUUACAAUGAUCAGCCAUAGCCUGCCUUUAAUUUUUUUUUUGUUCCCUCUGUUUUUAGGAAGUACUCCGUAUAUUACAAAAAAAUUCGUCCUAUUUGGGCAACGAUCA